AUGGCCCGGAUCAAGCAAACACAUCGAAAAAACAGCGAGUCAACCGAAAGUGCGGCAAACGUUAAAGAUCGAUGCAAUGUUCUACCAACAUGGUGGCUCGAGCGCCACGUCGCGGCCGCUGAUGAUUGUCCGAUCCGACGGGUCGUGUUGAAGGACUGCAAUUGUGCUGCACCGGACUCAACAGAGUUCUCUCCGUGUGUAGCAGAGCCGGGCUCGUAUAUGAUCGGCGAGAACUUGUACAUGGAAGCCCUUGCAGCCAUCGGGGGGUACAUGUAUACCGAUUCCAGAACGUACGGCGUCGGAUCGUCGACCGUGCUGUUACAGUCUCAGGGUAAAGAAACACCAGACUACCUCGACACAAUUGUCGAAAACCUUGCCUUCGAUAUUGGUGCUGACAGAAUUUCAUUCGGACCCAUGGAGCUGGCGGACUUUGCGAGCGAUUUGCUCAAAGAGAGACUAUUCGAGCCACGAGAUUGCAGCUUCUUGCAAUUGUCAUGCCAGAGCGAUGACGAGGAGAAGAAGUCUUACUGGGCUCUGACCUUCGCGGAAUGGGCUGAGAUGAACGAGGAAGAUUUCGAUGAACGAGCGUCGGACUGUGGGUCAGAAUCAAGUGAGCUGACAGACUGUGACACACUAUCGGAUAACUACAACCCGGAAGACAAGAUUGAGCCAGAUGAAGACCCCUACGACUUUGUGCCAGGGUUGACGACUUGGAGUGUGUAUUGGAGGCGCUCACGUAUUCUCAAACGCCUAUUUACCAAGUCCUUGCGCGCAACUCGAGUUGGGAUCAAGCAAUUCAAGCGAUCAGCACCGCCUUAUUUUCCACGUCAUCAACCAAGAAUCUGCGAUAUUCCUGUGGGAGGGACUAUCAUUCAUGUGCGGGAAAUGGACAGAUUGAAGUCACAUGCAAUCGCUGGGCGUAUUCUAGCAUUCUUGGAACAUCAAGUCGACUGCUACCGACGGCGAGGACAUAGAAUCCUCAUAGUUGGCACAGCACAGGAAGAAGUCAAAAUGCCGACUUCGGCAUGGAUGUCUUCCUGGUACAAUUCCGAUGACCGACAAUUGCUGAUCAGCGUACCGUCUUGUCUACGCCACCAAGAAACUUUGAUAGCUGGACAGACUGCCUGGAUUCGUGAAAACAAUACCAGGUUGCUCAAGAGCAUGUUCAGAAGUGGGAUUGUGGCUGCUCGGACGAAUGAUCUCUUUCAGCCACUUACGCCUUGGGAACUUGCGGUUGACAGUCCUCUCAAUCAGCAGCUCUCCUCAAAACGACUUCCGUUCAAUGUUUGGCGGCGCUUUGUGGUAAGUGCCGAGUUAAAAUUGCGCACCUCCAAGACUUUCGAUUUGGCCGACUUGGAGGCCGUUGUCAAACGGACAAUAUUAACACCUCAUCUACGAGGAAAGAAGCAGACUCUGGGAACCGCGAAGGGGGAAGCCAGUGGUGGAUCGGAGGGCGAGGGAAAAUCCACUGAACCAAAAGGCGAAGGGAAACCUACUGAAGUAAAGAACGGAGACAAGCCUAAUAUAUCAACUAGUGGCAGCAGCUCGAAUGAUGUGGCCUUGACUCUUGACUUUGAGGAACUCAAGGAUGAUUGUGAUAAAUAUGAACAAGCCAUGUUAUCUGGCAUUGUGGAGGCAGGAAAACUAAAAACGACCAUGAAUGAUAUCGAACUUGAUCCUUCAAUUAUCGAGGCGCUUGAAGACAUGACGAUGCUACCUCUUCGACAACCAGAGCAGUUCAAAUACGGGUUACUUGCCACUCAGAGAAUGUCUGGUGCUCUUCUCUUCGGGCCUCCGGGCACCGGAAAGACGCUUCUUGCAAGAGCCAUUGCUCAGCGCAGAAGUGUCCACGUUCUUGAGGUUUCGGGCGCCGACGUACACCAGAAGUAUGUCGGCGAGGCCGAGAAGAUCGUGCGGGCGAUCUUCUCUCUUGGUCGCAAGCUGAGGCCGUGUGUUGUCUUCAUUGACGAAGCAGACAGCAUCUUUGGGUCACGUUCUUCAGGGAUGCACCGGGCGGAUCGAAAUGUGGUCAAUCAAUUCUUACGAGAAUGGGAUGGCUUGUCCUCAAGCACAGGUGGUGACAUCACCAUGCUCGUAGCCACAAACCGCCCCUUUGACCUAGACUCGGCGGUUUUGCGUCGGCUACCUCGCCGCCUGUUCCUGGACCUGCCCUCAGUUGGCAUGCGGCAGAAGAUCCUGCAAAUUAUGCUUCGAGACGAGCAGGUCGCGGAGGACGUGGAUCUAGCGUCGAUCGCCAUUGCUGCGGAGAAAUUCAGUGGCUCCGACUUGAAAAAUGUCUGUCUCGCCGCGGCCCUCAGAGCAGUGCGAGACAGUGGAAAUCAAGGUGAAGCAGAUACCGCCAAGGACGCCAGCUCGAAUCGAAUCUUGACAAACGAGCACUUCGUCAAAGCUAUGGCGGAGACUCGUGCAAGCACGGACGCAGACUUGGUGUCCCAGAUACGGAAAUUCAACAAGGAGUUUGGAAGCAAGGCUGGCCGCAGAUAG